AUUGGCUAGAAAGUAGUUUAAGGUCGUCCUUAUACUUUACUUCCCCUCUCAAUUCAAACUUUACUGAGCAAGGAUAGUAAGGUAUUCUUUGAAAUGAGUUGGAUGUUCCACUGCACUUUAAUAAUAGUGGCAUAUUUGCGGUUUACAAGUGCCGAUACUCCUGCUAACUGUACUUAUGAAGAUGCACAUGGUCGAUGGAUGUUUCAUAUCGGUGAUUAUAAAUCUAAAUGUCCUGAGAACUUGAAUUCGAAACAGUCUGUCGUUAUCAGUCUCUUAUACCCGGAUAUUGCUAUUGAUGCAUCUGGAAACCGAGGACAUUGGACUCUAAUCUAUAAUCAAGGGUUUGAAGUAACAAUAAAUCAUCGCAAAUGGCUAGUUAUAUUCGCUUACAAAUCAACUGGAGAAUUUAAUUGCCAUAAAUCUAUGCCAAUGUGGACACAUGAUACUUUAAUUCGACAGUGGAAGUGUUUUGUAGCCGAAAAGAUUGAAGCGAAUGACAAGUUUCAGACUAAUAAAGUAUUUGCUUCGAAAAGUUUUGGUCGAAAUCUCUACCACAUUAACCCCUCUUUUGUCGACAAAAUAAAUAAACAUCAAAAAUCUUGGCGAGCGGAAAUUUAUCCAGAAUUAUCAAAGUAUACAAUAGAUGAACUUAGAAAUCGAGCUGGUGGUGUAAAGUCUAUGGUUACUAGACCUUCAGUGUUAAAUAGGAAAACUCCAUCAAAAGAACUAAUUUCAUUAACCAAAAAUCUUCCUUUGGAAUUUGACUGGACCAGUCCACCAGACGGUUCUAGAAGUCCUGUUACACCGAUUCGUAACCAAGGUGUAUGUGGAAGUUGUUAUGCGUUCGCCUCUGCUGCUGCACUCGAAGCUCGUAUUCGUUUGGUUAGUAAUUUUUCAGAGCAACCUAUCUUGUCUCCUCAAGCUGUGGUUGAUUGUAGCCCCUACUCUGAAGGAUGUAAUGGAGGUUUUCCUUUCUUAAUUGCUGGAAAAUAUGGAGAAGAUUUUGGUUUUGUCUCAGAACGUUGUGAUCCAUAUACUGGUAAAGAUACUAAAAAGUGUAAUGUAUCAAAAAGCUGCACACGUUACUAUACAACAGAUUAUAGUUAUAUCGGUGGUUAUUAUGGCGCUACUAAUGAGAAAUUGAUGCAGUUAGAACUUGUUUCUAAUGGUCCAUUCCCUAUCGGUUUUGAAGUAUAUGAUGAUUUUCAAUUUUAUAAAGAAGGCAUCUACCACCAUACAACAGUUCAAGUUAGUGCUGUUUUAUUUUGUACUUUUGUUAGAAACUUUUCUAAAUAAUCUCUCACUUUAUUACUGAUUUAAUGUAAAUAAAAAAACAUUUGUAUUAUUUCAUUUAUUUUUACGAUUGUUUGGUAUUAUUUUACAUGUAUUACUGAUCGACUUUUUGACAUUUUAAAGAUUUAAAUUAUCCGAUUGUUAAUGUUUAGGAUUAAAUUUUAGUUCGUCCUAGUUGCCAUACAUUCAUUCUGAUGUGGCUGCUACGAUGUAGCUAUUUGAUUAUAAGUUUUUUUUCAAGUUGGUGGAUUCUCUCUAGCAGUGCGAUCCAAAGUGCUCGUUUCGUCUUCCUGAAAAGGAUAUUGACUACCUGAGUUCAGCUGCUCAGUGGAUGAUAACCCCUUGGUUUUUGGAGUGAAAGAUACUAGGUUCAAGUUUCGAUGUAUUCACAAACAAAUGAACCCAAACACAUUCAAAUGGGAAGUCCCAAAUAAAACGUAACCCACGUACUGAAUUUCACUAUUAGCUGAAACCUGUCUAUCCCAAGAAUUUUCUUAUCGUAUUAUCAGUCAUCUUUAGCUAAUCUUAAGUACAGUUUCAUGUUAUUUUUCAAGUCGAAAGUCAAGGAAGUAGUUUAUUUCCACAUCUUUUUGUUCUGUUAUGCCUAGUUUUAUAAAUCACUUCUACAGUUCAUCUAACAUUCGAAGUUCACAUUAUACAGUUGAUAAAGUAUUUGGAACAAUAAUAUAAUUUUCUCAAUUACUCCUGUUAUUCCUUGUGGAGGAGCAUAGACCGCUCACUAAGAUUCUACAACCAAUUCUGUCAUGGGCUCUCCUUUCCAGUUGUUUCCGAUUGCUAUUCGUUAUUUUAAUGUCUGUCUCCAAUUUGUAAAGAUUAAAUUAUUGAUAAAAUCUCUUCUGGAUAUCAACUUUUUUUUAAUAUCUUGACCUUAAACGACCAGUACAAUUUCAAUCCAUUCGAAUUGACUAAUCAUGCUGUUUUAUUGGUUGGUUAUGGUGUGGAUAAGUUAUCCGGUGAACCAUAUUGGAAAGUAAAAAAUAGUUGGGGUGCUGAAUGGGGUGAACAAGGUUACUUUCGAAUACGUCGUGGUACAGAUGAAUGUGGUGUAGAAAGUUUAGGCGUACGUUUUGAUCCGGUGUUAUAAAAUCCUUUCUACACUGAGAUGGAUGUUUGUUUCAACAUAGUUUUAUUUAAUUUUUAUAUGAUUAAAGCGUUCAAAAAUGGAACAGUUGAUAUCUGUCUCUUAUCAUAUGAACUAUUUUGAUUACGUAUUUUUCUUUAUGAUCAUUUGUUUAUAAUUACUAGACUUCUACUCAUCCAUUAGAAAUACAUACAUACAUGACAGAUCAUUAAAUAAACUUGAUUACUGCUGAAAUUUUUGAUAUUGUAAUACACAAAUUUAUUAUUUAUUACCAUAUCUUUCUUUUGAUGUGUGCCUGAUCUUACGUUUCAGCUAACUGAUUGAUAUAAGUUCUAAAUGCAAAAAUAGCAUGACUACCCAUUGUUGGAUGAUUUUUUUGACGUGGAAAUCAGCUUUGAUGAACGUUUCAUGAAAGAAAGUUCUCAAAACUAGUACAUAAAUAUAAAACACUUCAUACAG